AGAAAACUGAGCAUGUGUUUGACUCACUGGUAGCGACUCCACACGUCAAAAAAACAGACAAGACAAUCACCUGCUCGGGUAAUAAAACAAAGUUUAUGUAUGAAGAGUGAAAUGAGAGCGCGUGAUGAGGCUUCAUGUGUCGACCGAAGCUUCAUUUAAAAGUUUGUGGCAUGUCAGUGCGCUGUGAGUAGGAUAACAGUCCGUGUGUUUUCUUAUUGUACAUGCUCUUAUUCAUCUGGACGCACCAGCGGAGCCUUAUGACAUUACGCACAGACUGGGCGCGGGGCUGCAAAUGGGCGGCAUAGGUGGCAACCUCUACCUCAGCAUGUUGAAUGGGACUGAAACGCAAACUUUCGGGAAGAACACCGACAUCAGCAGUCACCUCCACCGCGGCGGCAAGGAUCUAGCCGAGCUUAAAAUGGGGAUUCAGGACGCGAGGUUUUACUACCCAGACUCUGUUCCGAGCGGGCAGGACACUCUGGCUCUGCAGUACCACUCGGACCAGGCGGUGGGAGGGUACCCAGCGCAGCCCGGUAGGUUUUACGCACAGACCCUGAGCAGCUGUCCGUACGGCGGCGUGCGGUCACCGCCGAGAGGUGGAGCCGGGCAGAGUUACAUCUCCGCAGCGGGAGACGGGUUUCAUGCAGGCGGUAAAGACUUGUACUCUCCCUCUCCGGAGAAUUACCCGGCGAACUUUCAGCACGGCUACCAGCGGCCGCCUCUCUACCCUUUACCUGGGCUACAGGUGUGCGGGAAGACUCAGGCUCUGCUCAAUAACUACCCGCUAUGGGCCAAGUUCCACAAGUUCCAAACCGAGAUGAUAAUCACCAAACAGGGGAGGAGGAUGUUCCCCUUCCUGAGCUUCAACAUCAGUGUCCUGGAUCCGUCUGCCCACUAUAACGUCUACGUGGACGUGGUUCUGGCUGAUCAGCACCACUGGAGGUACCAGGGCGGCAAGUGGGUCCAGUGUGGGAAAGCGGAGGGAAACGUGCCAGGUAACAGGAUGUACAUGCACCCCGACUCUCCGAACACAGGAGCUCACUGGAUGAGACAAGAAGUGUCUUUCAGCAAGCUGAAGCUCACCAACAACAAGGGCAGCACCAACAACAUGGCACAGAUGAUCGUGCUCCAGUCGCUCCAUAAGUACCAGCCUCGUCUCCACAUCGUGGAGGUGAAGGAGGACGGCUCUGAAGAUCCCUUCCUUUCAUCCAAAGCUCAGACCUUCAUCUUCCCGGAGACUCAGUUCAUCGCUGUCACCGCUUAUCAGAACGCAGACAUCACUCAGCUGAAAAUAGACCAUAACCCCUUCGCUAAAGGUUUCCGCGACAACUACGACACGCUGUACGCUCCUCCCGACUCUGAUCGCCUCACCCCCUCCCCCACGGAGAGCCAGCAGCUGCUGCCAGGGAGCUGCUACCACCAGAACUACCUCUCAGAGCAGUACAUGAGCCCCCUGCCCCAGAGCCGCUUCUACGGACGCGAGCCUCUCGGUAUGGGCCAGCAGCACAAAGACCCGUCCUCCAGCCCCGGUCCUCACAGUCGCUGGUACCUGCCGCCUCAGCAGGGAGUGGCGCCCAACCGGCUUGACUUCACUUCCUCCUAUGAGGGUGACUUCUCCGGAAAUGGGUUCUGCAAGCCAUUCCCCUUGCAGACAUCCGCUCACCACCCCCUCAGCUACUACCCAGACCAUCCUUUUGCAUCUACCAGCGUGUCUGUAUCAGGACCCACCCCAGCAGGCUGGACCACCAGCCGACCCACCCCUCAGUACCUCAGCCACCUGAGUAAGCCUGGUCCUAGUCUAGGCUGGUUUAGACCCAUAUCAUCCUCUUCGUCCUCCUCAUCGUCUUCCACGUCACCUGGCAACCCGAGGCUGCACCCUCCCUCGCUCCUCGAGCCUCUGCAGCCGGCCCUGCUGCAGGACAAGCCCAAAGACAGUGUGGAGGCGGUGGCAGAGGACCCGUGGCUCGAACCUCCCUCUGCGAAAUCAGCAGCCUCGGCUGACUCUGGCCUGUUCGAGGGCAGCGUGGGAGACAACAAGAAGAGAAGGGUGUCGCCGUACACAUCCAGCACUGAAAACUCCCCACCACCGCGCAGCGGAGAGGUCUGCGAGAAGGACAGCAACAGCGACGCAGACUACUAUGGCUAUUACACCCACUGAAGAGCUCGCACGUCACCAUAGUCGCCACAGUGUCUCCUAGCGUCUUCCCACACCGCCCUCAUGGACAUGGUAAUCAUAAAGGGCUGGAACAGUCUCUGUCGUCGCUGCAGACAAACCAUAAAACAGAACGUGCAGCCUCAUCCACUGUCACAUCAGUCCACAAGUGUCAAAUGAUUACAGGAGGAACUUUCAAAGUCAGCUGUGAACAGAAGUGGAUGUGACUGUGACACUGCCCUAGAGUCACAUAAACACCACACAGACAAACAGACCUGUGACUUCAGCCUUUGAAACAUCUGGAGUUUUGAGGGGGGGGUGAUCUGCAUAUCCGCCUGCUGACAGAGGCCUGCAGGGAUUGUCUGUUCUCACUGCAUCAAACACUCGCUCUGUCUCUUUUGCUCUGUCUUGUCUUUUCCUUCUCACCCUCAGCCAUUCACACAUGCUCUCACAAUAUGCUCACGUUCAUUUCCCCCUGAUGAUUUCGGACCAGAAGUUACCUUUCACACACACACACACACACACACACACACUUCUCUCCGAGCCGCAGCACCCACGUGUGGCCACAGGAGAGUGUUGCAGGUUGAUUAAUGUCAGCAGGUUAAGAGAUUUUAGAGUAAGGAGGACGACCUUUUCUGUUUAUGUGUUAAGUAAAUCAGACAUAUCUCACAAGUUGUUUCCAUUGCUGAUGAUCCACACACACUCAUGAAUGAGUCAAAGCUUCGUUAGAGGUGCAAAGAUUCGUCAGUUAAUUGAUUAGACAAGUGUCAAAGUGACUUAAUCAACAACUACUCCAUCAAAUAUUGUUUUAGUUGUUGAUGAGCGAAUAUUUGCUGAUCUUCUUUGUCCUACGUGCUCGUAAACUGAAUAUUUUGGAGGUUUGGACUGUUGGUUGGAUAAAAAAAAAAAGACAUUUGUAGAUGAGCUGCAGGAAAUUUUAACACAUCAUCAAUGAAUCAAAACAAUAAUCAACAGAUUCAUCAAUAAUAAAUAAUGUUUGUUGACACUUUAGUUAUAGCUGAGGAAGAGAUAUUUAAAUAUGAGGAAAAAGAAACAUCCAUAGUGUUGAAUUCUGCUGUUCAGAGCCGGAGAGAAGUUCAGAAGUUCAGACGCUGACUUCCUUCUCACCUCCACACGGCCAAGUGUGAAGUGGGCGUGAAUCGUUGGUUUCCACAUUUACGAAGGUGUGGGGGGUUUCCACUGAUAUCUGACCAUCAGAGAAUCUGUUCCUAUGAAGCUUACUGGCAUUUGAACACGCUGAUUUGGACGACCCCCUCACUGGAAUAUCACAAGAUGAAAAACUAGUGAUAUUAAACAUCUGACUUUUCUAAUUCUGGGUCUGAAUCAGGUCUGUAAACUGCCGGAUGUGGUCCUAAAAUACAAUAUAUCAAAAGAGGGAGCAGUGCGACCAACCAGUGAGCACAGUGUAACGUAAUUUAAAGGACCAGUGUGUCAGAUUUAGUGGCAUCUAGUGGUGGAGUUUACUCCCUGCAACUUAGUCUCCUUCCUAGCGUGGAGGAGAAACUAUCAUGACACGAGAAAUGUUCCUAUCUCGAGCCAGACCGUAGAAACAUGGCUGUUAAAGAGGACCCGUAGCAUCUGUAGAAAUAUUUUUAGGUGACCAUUUCUUCUAUAUUCUGCAAACAGAGCCGUUAAAUCUGACACUCUGGACCUUUAAAGACACUGAUAAGUGUGUAUAUCUUAGCACCAGGCAUAAACAAGGUCAGCUGGGCACUGCUUGCUUUGACAGAGUGAAAAGGCCCAGCCCUCUGAUGUGUCACCACACACAGAGAAAGCCCCCGAUCAAUACCAGCAUCGACAGUGCAUAACUGGAAAACAGUAUCGGCAGAGUGUGGCAGCUUAAAAUACACUGCAGCUUUCAGAUUACACUCAAUAACAGCAUCUUUAAAUAACAGAAAGCAUGCCGUCCUGCAGAGCAGCACAUGUGGGUCACUCAGAACGUCUGCAUGCACCUGUAGGGAAACAGACGGGGUGCUGUCACGAUGAACAGGAAGCACAAAGUGACCAGACAGACACAGAGUUUCCCCCCCUCAGAGUCUCCGGGUCCAUCGUGUUGUGACACCGGUUGACGGAGGCCCGGCUUCCCGGCUGGUGACAGAAAUGCAGAGUGAGGCUGCAGUCGGCGCUGAUCAGAGAUCUGCUCCUCACUCCUCACCAGGUGUGCUAAUGGCCCCAGACAACACUGGGGGCGACAGACAGGUGCAGGGCAGAGAGAACCAGUGGCCUGCACUGUAUAAAUACUGUUUAUUUACAACGCUCUGGUUUUUAAGCUGCUACAACCAGACAACAAGAGACUGAACGCACUCCUGCAUCUCUGCACGCUUGAAGCUUAGCAUAAAGACAUGAGCCCCCUUUAAAAAACUUUAGUUUUUCAACAAAACAGGAUAUAAUUUGUUCAUUUUGUGUUCGUUUGUGAGCUUUAGAGGUGCUGGCAGGGAGGUUCUCGUCACCUUUCAUACAGAGCUGGAGGUUUUUCACAGAUCUGUUUGCCUUAUUAAGGUUCCACACGUCGACACAGAAUUUACGCUCUUUUCUGAGCCGGGAGGAUUUUAUACGAACAUGAAGCGUGGAGAGUUAAACUCGCAGUCACUGGAAUUCAAAGACAAUCAUAAACAUGAUACAUAUAGAUGUAAUUUAUCCCUCUCUUUCGAGGCACGUGACAAAAUGGUCUUAACUAUGAUGUUGAUGCAAAAAGGGACGAAGCUUGUCUGACAGUUCGGUCCUUUACCUGAACAUUUAAAUAACAAAGCAAAGUGUUAAUUUUAUGCUGAAUACAGAAUGGAUUAUAUCGUAUGACUAACUGAUGAAAAAAAAUGUAUGUUGCUCGUGUAACAUUUCCAAAAGAUGUUUUAACUAUUUAACGUUUAUGUUGAUGACCGUCAGAGGAAGGUGUACGAUGGACAAUUAUUGUUUCAAGUGCAAUUAAUAGAAAGUAAAUUAGUUAAAGAUUAAUGAAAAAACAACGAGAGCAUACGUGAUCGUCGGCCUGUGGACAGUUAUUUAUUUCAUGUGCUGUGGUUUGUGUUAACGUGGUUCACUCGGUGAUCCUGCACCCACACGAGGAGGCGAACAUCUCACACCAAACAGCAGCAGACACCUCAGGAACGGCCCCUGCUGGAUAAUCUCAGCUAUCACCAUCGACUUCAGCCCAGUCCCCCUGGAUGUCAAACCUCUAAUAUAUACCUCCAUUUCUCCAUGAGUCUGUGUUUCCCUGGUGCACACAUUUCCCUCAGUAAGAAAAGAAGACGAGCUGUAUUUUACUGUAUGAUAUAGAAACAGAGGAGUGAAGAAGGGAGACCAGACGAGGUCGAACAACAAGCAUGAUAUUUUGUGUGUGUGUGUGUGUGUGUGUGUGUGAUCCAUGUGCACUGUUUGUGUCGAGGGAGAACUCCUUCGACUCUUUCAUCGAGAGCUUAUAAAUUGCGAUACAUGAACAAACGAGAGAUGAAGGGGAAAACUGUUAUUUAUUAAAGGUGGCAUAAUUGUG